GGAAUAAGGGAGAGGGGGAGGGUGAACACACCCAGACAGAGCCAUGUCUGACAUCCUCUCUCUCACCGAACGAAGGAAGGAGUGAUACAAAGCCAGUUCGGCCAAGCAGAAGAGAAAAGAGGGGAAGGAGAGGGAGGGAGGGAGGGAACAGGAGAAUGAAUGCAAAAAGGGUGAAAAAGAUGCACAAGAGCUGCAUCAGUUCUUGUCCGUAAGGAACAAAAAACAUUGUGUUCGUGAAUGGGAGCUGGUGAGCUCCACCACAAGGCGAGUGCAAUGAGAAACCAGGCAGAUUUCAGUCACUGGUGCUGCUGAGCUCCAAUCCUCUCUCUGUCUGUCUCUCCCUAUCUCUCCUUGCCAGCAACGACUGAGCCUUGUGUGCGACGUGGAGACUCCUCUGCUUGCGGCUUUCAGGGCUGUUCCCCUCCCUGCUGCCUCUGGCUGUGUUUGGGCUAUGGUCCUGACUGAGACGCAGGGCAUCACCCAGAUGUGGGGCGCCGACUGUAUGGGAGGUUAAGCCUGUAAACACCAGCAUGGGAGCCAAACAGAUGAAAUGUCUCAGCUCAGCCAGCCCAGCUCACUCCCCCAAAGAGGAGUAUGUUAUCACCCAGUUCACUGACACCCCUAAAGAAGAAACAGUCCAUGAUCACUCUGAGAACCAGGGGGAACCUCAGGAUGACAAAUCUGAGCUGACAGAGAAGAAAUCUGUCACAGAGGUGGCUCUCUGUGGAUUGUGUCCUUCCCUGGGGCAUGAUGGGCAGGAGGAAGAGAAGUCCUGGGAGGAGCAGCUGGAUGCCCACCAGGAGCAGCUGGAAAAGGAGAUGCAGGAAGCUAGAAGGAUGGUGUUCCGGUUACAGGCUCUGCUGCUCCAUGGCUCCCUCCCUGAGGAAGACCAGGAUGGAUCCGUGAGCUUUGGAGAUAACCGGGCUAACACCGAGCAGCAGCUGGUUCUCAUCCGCAGUCGUCUGGACCAAAGCAUGGAGGAAGCCCUUGAUCUCAAGAGGGAACUUCUGAGGCACAAACAGGAGACACGUCACAUUCAGGCCAUCAAGGAUGCUCUGCAGCAGCGCUUGGCAGUGCAGGAGGAUGCUGUGCUGCAGCUAAAGCAGGAACUACUGAGGUGCAACAUGGCCAAAGAUCAGCUGGAGGGGGAAAAUGCAGAGCUCAAACGCAAGCUGAGUGAAAGGAACAAAUUACUUAGCGAAUAUGAGCAGCAGCUCGGGAGGAAGGACAGAAUACUGCAGCAGCAGCAGCAAAAGCUCGAUGAAGCUCAGCACAAGGCACAUGAAGUCAGCCUGGGACGGGCGUUCAGGAGUGAGGGCAGCGGCUACAGUAACUCAGUGGCUUCGACAUCUCCUCCAGUGUUCCAGCACAGCGCACCAGGUGAAGAGCUGCAGGUUGUCAGGGAAGCACUUCGCAGUUUGAGGGACAGUUUUUCCGGCCAUGACCCCCAACAUCACACCCUGGACACUCUGGAGCAGGGCGUGGCCAGUCUCAUGGACAGACUGCACUCUCUGGACACCCAGCGCAGACAGGACAGAGGGGAGGAAUUCAAAUCGCCAGGACGCAGAGCCAACUCGACAGACCGUGACUCCUGGCCGCCGAGCUCGAAAAUGGCGCACUCACACAGCAGUCCAGGAUUGGAUACUGCCGUCUCCACUAAAGUGCUCUACUUCACAGAUCGCUCGCUCACUCCAUUUCUGAUUAACAUCCCAAAAAGGCUGGGAGAGGUGACACUGCGAGACUUCAAGGCAGCUGUAGACAGACAAGGCAGUUUCAGAUACCACUUCAAGGCCCUUGACCCAGAGUUUGGCACAGUGAAAGAGGAGGUGUUUCAGGAUGGAGCCGUUGUCCCUGGCUGGGAGGGGAAGAUUGUAGCGUGGGUUGAGGAGGAUCACGGAGAGCGGAGAUAGAGCCCAAAAACUAGAGAUUGUCACUACAAACCUCAGCUGUUCCCACUGGACCAGGAAGCUACUGAAAAUACUUCUGAUGCCAUAAGAAAGAAUAGUGUUACGAUACAUAACUGGGACCAAUGGAGCUAACACCAUUAAGGUACAAAACCAUGUUUUAAAAGUGAAUGUUUCAUAUGAAGAAUCUAAACAUUUGGAUACAAUUUUUUUUCGUUUAUGGACCGCAUGUCGCACAUUGUUUGCAGCUCAUAAAUAAGUUUGUGGGACUACCACGUAAUGGUCAGUAAAGUCAUACUUGAAUAAUAAAAUAAUGUUAGCUUUACAUGAAAUAACAAGCUACGCUGUGCUUUAAAAAGCUGUAAUCAGUGCAUAGUAUGCAAACCUCCAAAAAAAAGAAAGAAGUGUUUACUGACAUUUUCCACGUGUUCCAGAUUGCCAAACAGUGAUGUUGUUGUUCUGCAUCAAUUUUGAUGUUUUAAUAAACAUAAAUUAUUGCAUGGA